AGAGCAAUAUGAUGAAAAAUGUUGUUGUGGAUGUGAUAAUAUAGUAUCUAUCCGAAAAACAAGAACCUGUCAUUUGGAAUCUUGAAUAUUCGAAAUUGUAGCACUCAACUCAAUGCAAUUGCUGUUAUCCAACACCGUUAAGGCUUUCCUCUUCCUCUUCCCGCACUCGAAGAGCAAAACCAUGUCUGCCAAAACGCGCCUCAAGGGCGUCGUUUUUGACAUGGACGGCACCCUCACCGUCCCCGUCAUCGACUUCGCCGCCAUGUACAAGGCGGUGCUCGGCGACCACGAGUACCGUAGGAUCAAAGCGGAAAGUCCUUCGGGGAUUGACAUAUUGAAGCACAUCGAGAACUGGCCUUCAGAGAAACAGUGCAAGGCUUACGAUACCAUCGCUCAUUACGAACGCUUGGGAAUCGAUCGCCUCCAAAUCAUGCCGGCUGAACUUUGUGGCUUUCUUGAUUCAAAGAAAAUAAGGAGGGGAUUGAUCACACGCAAUGUGAAGUCGGCUGUUGAUUUGUUCCAUGAACGGUUUGGGAUUGAAUUUUCUCCGGCAUUAAGCAGGGAAUUUCGUCCUUAUAAACCCAGUCCAGCUCCGCUACUGCACAUUUGUUCUGCUUGGGAAGUUCAACCAAAUGAAGUAAUAAUGAUUGGGGAUAGCCUUAAAGAUGAUGUGGCUUGUGGAAGGCAAGCAGGAACAUUUACAUGCUUGCUUGAUCAAACGGGAAGAUAUGAUUCUCCUGAGUAUGCCAAUGUUGAUUUCAAACCAGAUUUCAAGGUGACUUCCCUCGAUGAGGUUUACUCAGUUCUGGAGGUAAAUUUUAACUUGUCACCGUGAUUUCAAGUGCCGUUCCCGUGGACCAUUUAUUUUAAGGUUUAUGCUAAAGAAACCUGGAGGUGGCACAUAUGUCGGGGUAGUUUUAUUUCUUACAUCUUGUAAGGUCAUGAAACAACAAAUCCUUCAAAAUUUUAGGUUGGAGGAUUUAAUAAAUAGCAUUUUUAAUAAUACCGUUGUAUCAUAUCUUAGGCAUGAAUGCCAUACAAAACUGUUUUAAAAAUUUAUGUCAGUAACAAGGUAAGACAUACAAUUUCGCUAAGCCACUAGAAUUGGUCUAGUGGUAAGGGAUUUGAGUAGUCUGCAUGAGGUUGUAAGUUCAAAUCUCAGUGCCACUAUUGUAUAAAAAAAAAGGAAAAAUAAAUUCUCUGGUUUCUUGGCAUUUGCUUUCUUUGUUGGAAAUAUUCAAGGAUGAAUAGUAAUGCAGUCCUACUUGAUUAGACAUAGACCUAGUGAGAAUUACAUAAGUGCAAAACACCCAUAGUCCUACAUCCUUAGGGUUUUGGGUUAAGAUGUGGACAGAUCACUUAUUGUGAUUUUUCAUUUGGCCCAUUGGUGAAUGUAUUUCUUGUAAAGGGUUUUGGGCUCUCAAUGGUUGUGCCGGUCUAGUAUUUGGAGAGGAUGAUGUUUGGGACUCACGCUUAAGGGAGGAUAUUGAAAAUAUUCAAGUGUGAUGAAAUCCCACGUUGGUUAGACAUAGACCAAGUGAGGACCAUGUAAGCGUAAAAGACAUACAAACCUAUAGCUUUAAUGUGGUCUUUUUCAUUUGGCUCAUU